AAAUUAAUAUAUGUUCUAAUGCUACGACUGACUUAUUGAAAAAGUGGGAAGAAUCAUCUCUGGUCCAUGAUGUUGCUAGUUCGAUGCGAAAACUUUGCAUCAAUCUUAAGGAAGAGAUUCAAGAAUUGAAUGAGUGUAAUGAACUUUUACGCGAAAUUUCGGAUGCUGAGUUAAUCGAAACUAGCUUAAGAAUAGAAAAGAUUGAGG